AGGAAAGAUCUGCCCCCCCCAGACCCAGGGAUCCAGGGAGAGAUCUGCCCCCCCCGAUCCAGGGGUCCCAGGAGAGAUCUCCUGCAACAGAGCCCCGGAUCCCCACCAAGCCCCGGAUCCAGUGGGAUCACCCCAAAGCAGCUGGGAUCCAGCAGCAGAGAAGUCCGACGCCAGGAUCCAGAGAGAUCUUCUCCCGGCGCCCCUGGGAUCCAGUGAUCUCCCCCCGCAGAGCCGGGAGAAGGGCGUGUGGGAUCCCGAGGGAUCCCCCAGCCAGAGAUCCCAGGGUGCGCCCGCAGCAGAGCCAGGGAGCUGGAAACUUGCUUCAAGGAGCAGAGGCCCGAGAGCCCCGCGCCGAGCCGGGGACCCCGACAGACCUGCCCUGGCCUGGGACCGAGGGGCCGCCAUGACGCUGGUGCUGUGGCUGCUGUCCAUGGCUCUGGGCCACCACGGAGCAGGCGGGUUCCUGAUGCACCUGGCCAGCGAGUGCCCCCUGGCAGCCAAUGGCUCCGUGCUCCGGUUCGACUUCGCCUUCAUCUUCAACAAGAACCCGCUGGUGUGUUACAACGAGCCGGACCGGCUCUUCGAGGCCUGCGACAUGGGCCUGCUCAGAGACAUGGCCGUGGACAUCGCCGCCGCCAUGAACACGGACCCCGGCUUGCGCCAGCGCGUGGCAGGGGGGCGCCAGGCCUGCCAGAGCCAGAGCCAGCACCUCUGGAGCCGCACGGGGCAAAGGAGGACGCCCCCUAGUGUCCGCAUUGUCUCCACGGCCCUGUCGAACCCCGCGGGAUCCGUGCGCCUCACCUGCCACGUCUGGGGCUUCUACCCGGCGGAGGUGGGGGUCACCUGGCUGCGGAACGGGAGCCCCGUGGAGCCCAGCGAGGACGGCCUGAGCCCGGCGCUGGCCAACGGCGACUGGACCUACCAGACCCACGUCAGCCUGCUCACCACCCCCAAGCCCGGGGACACCUACACCUGCCACGUGCAGCACGUCAGCCUGGCAGAGCCCCACCAGGAGGAGUGGGGGCCCGGCCUGUCCCCGGGGCUGACGGUGAAGGUCAGCGUGGCUGUCGUGGUGCUGAUCCUCGGCCUCAUCUUCCUGGGCACCGGCCUGGUGUUCUGGUGGAGGGCGCCCGCCCCGGGUUAUUCUCCCCUCGCAGGGCACAACUACGCUGGAGGCAGCACCUAACGCCCGUGGGCACCCAGACCCCUGGCUCCAGUCCCCCCGCCCCAGUGGAGGAUCCCGGCUCGUCCUGUCUGUCGCCCCCUAGGUUAGCCACCCCUCCCCACGGAGUUGGGAUCCGUGGGACCGAGACGGGACAUGUCUCCGUACCAGCCAGGCACCGCAGCGAGAACGGCUCAGACCAGAUCCCCCAUAGAGCCUGUACGGACCAGCACCUCCUGCACCCCUCCCCGCACUGUGGCUGUAUAUACUGGGGCCUAUACAUGGCUAUAGAGCCCUCCCCUUCCCAACUCCAAGCGCCUGAGGCAAGUAGGAUAAAAUAACGAGAUAAUGACCUGAUUGCUGGCCUCAAGCCCCAGAUUAGAGCCAGCUACCCUAUAUAGACCAGCAGGCCAAUACAGAGAUAUAAUGACCUGAAUACAGAUCCCCUACACACCCCCAUCCUCAACUUCUCCCCAACUCAGCGCCCCAGAGCCCAUACAGACCACACUUGUAUACUGGGGCUAUAGAUGGAGAUAGGGACCAGCCCCUGCCACCCCUCCAGACAGAGCCCCUGAGCCCACAAGGACUGCCCCCCAUGCACCCCGCUGUGUAUAGCAGGGCCCAUAAAGGGCUAGAGGAACCCCAGUAAUAGACCCCCAUCCCCACAGACUUGGAGCCCUCUGCCCUGUACAGCUCAGCGGGGCAAUACAGGGAUAUAAUGACCUGAUCAGACCCCUAGCCUCUCCCCAGCCCCACAGAUCCCUCAGCACUGGGGGAUGCACCCAAUUCUCCACCCCCCCCCGGUACAAUUCCAGCCCCGGUACAAUUCCACUUCCCCCACCAGGGGUCACCCUAGACCAGGGCUCCCUCCAGGGUCAUCAUAAGAUUCCCCAUCACUCACCCAGCCGCCCCUGAAGCGUGGCAGCCAGCCCCCCCCCCCAGGCAGGCACGGCACCCUCACCCCCCCGCCUGGCACUAUUCCCACUGGGGUGGGGCGGGGGCAGGGCUCUAGGGAGCGGGUUCCCGAUUCGGGUGCUGACUGCGUGCGGUGUGUACGGAGAGGGUGGCUGUUGUAAUCUCCCCCUCCCCCCAUUAAAGAUCCUCUCUGGUGCAGCAGGGAAUGCUCUGUGGAUGGUGCCCAUGGACUCACCCAUGGGGGGAAGGGAGGGGGCAUGGGAUUUGGACAGAGGGAUAGGAAUGUAGCACUGGUUCCUCCCCCCACCCAGAUAUCAAACCCAGGAGUCCUGGC